AUGAAUAAAACCAGUGAGAUCAAUGAGGCCCCGGAGGUCGUGGAGAUGGAUGUGGUGAAGGAGCAAAUGAACUAUGACCUCAUCGAUCGUGAAGUUGCCGAGUACGCAAAUGCGACCAUCGUGGAGGUUGACGAAGCCACCAAUCGCCGACUCAAGAAGCUCAUCGAUAAGCGUGUGAUGGUGGUCAUGGUUAUCACCUACCUAAUUCAAACUUUGGACAAAGGAACGAUGUCUUAUGCGUCCAUUAUGGGCAUUCAAGAAGAUACCCAUUUGGUGGGCCAACAGUACUCGUGGAUGACAACGAUUCUAUACAUGAUCAUUUUGGUCGUGGAAUUUCCGGAAAACUACAUCAUUCAGCGAGUCCCAAUCGCCAAGUGGCUAUCGGGCAAUAUUAUACUAUGGGGAGUCACACUUUCUCUCCAGGCUGCAAUGAAAAAUUUCGAAGGCCUGAUCGCACUGCGAGCAUUCCUGGGUGUUUUCGAAGCUGUCAGUCAACCGGCAUUCACUUUGUUGUCGUCUAUCUGGUACACACGAGAGGAGCAGGGUGGGGCAGUCACAUUUUGGUUCAUGAUGAAUGGAUUGAAUCAAAUUCUUGGUGGUCUUUUGGCAUUCUGCUUUUCAUUCAUCCCCGAAACCUCUCCGAUCAGCUCCUGGCAAGCUCUUUUCAUGACAUAUGGCAUCAUGACCGUUUUCUGGGGCGCAUUUGUUGGCUGGUGGAUGCCGGACUCUCCUAUGAGAGCCCACUGCUUUACUGAGAGUGAUAAGCAUCUUAUGGUAGAACGUGUACGUCGCAACCGUACCGGCUUGCAAAAUCGCAAAUUUCGCAAAGACCAGGUGUGGGAAGUUGUCAAAGAUCCACAAGUCUACGCCAUCGCACUUAUCCAGCUUUUGCUCACUAUUCCCUCCGGUGGUCUCGGUGCUUUCAACAAUAUCAUCGUCAAGUCAUUCGGCUUCACCACUUGGCAGACCCAGCUGCUUCAAAUGGUCUCCGGUGUCGUCCAGCUCACUGCAAUGCUUAGCGCUGUUUGGAUCGAAAAGCGUUAUAAGCAAACUAUUCUCGUCAUGAUGGCCUCGGUGGUACCCACAAUCGCCGGUGUCAUUGUGCUCCUAACCGUUCCCUUCUCCCAUGAUAAGCGAGUCGGUCUUCUCUUCGCCUACUAUAUCAUGAUCGCGUACUGGGGCUGUGCUGGUCUUGCUCUUUCCAUCGUGACACGUAAUGUCGCCGGGCAGACGAAAAAGAGUGUGGUCAUUGCCUGCAAUUUCGUGUUUUGGGCCGUUGGGAAUGCCAUUGGCCCCCAGACCUUCCAAUCCAAGGAUGCCCCGCGCUAUUUCCCGGCACUAGCAGCCGUGCUGGGCUGUUUUGUACUUCUGGAGGUUGUUUUGCUUUCACUACGCACUUGGUAUAUCACUGAAAAUAAGAGACGCGACCGGAAGGUCGAACAAGGGGAGGUGACAGCCGAUACGACGUUUGCUCACUCGUUUGAGGAUAUUACUGACCGAAAAAACCCGAACUUCCGCUAUAUUUAUUAG